CAUGUCCUCAAAACAGAAGAAAUAAUCGAACCCCAACGAUUUCAAUGAAAUUGGUAAAGAUGAGAUAGAUAAGGAAUUAAUUAUUGAUCCCAAUAAAAGCGAACCAUUGCAUGAAUUAAAAAAUGAAAUUCAAUAAAAUGAAGAAAGAGACGAUUAGCAAAACUAGCAAUAAGUUUUAGAAAAUAUAACAUAAGAGGUAUGGUAACAAGAAUAAACAUAAUAAUAAGAUGAAGAUGAAUAAAAACAAUAAGAUCAAUUACAUUAAUAACAAGAAUAAGAGGAAUAAUAAUCAUAAAAUUAAUAAUAAGAUGAAGGUGGAUAAAAACAAUAAGAUCAAUUACAUUAAUAACAAGAAAAAGAGGAAUAAUAAUCAUAAUAUUAAUUAGAAUAAAAACAAUAUGAUAAUAAAAAAUAAUAACAAGAAUAGGACUAAGAUUCAUAUAAGUAAUUGUAUAAAGAUGAAUGGGAAAUACAAAAUUAAGGGUUCUCUAAUGAUGAAUGUUCAUAUGUGAAUUUGAAAAACAUUAUGAUAUUUGAUGACUUUUUUAACUUGUUCAAAUUCUUGAAAUCUUUGAAUAAUGAAAUUUAAAUCUGCUAAUGGAGAAAAGAUCAUGAAAAUAAUCAAUAUUAGUCAGAAAAUGGCAAAUUUUAGAAUUAUUUAAUAUUAGUAUCUAAAAUUGAUGGUGACAAAAUGAUCUAAAUGUAAAUGAAUUUAAUGUCGAAUUAAUAUCAAAUACUUCUUAUAUCAGGUAUUUAAUUUAUUUAAAAAAGACUCAACAUUUACUAUUAAUAAUAUUUGCUUAAAUUUGAAUCGUUAGUUGAAAAUAGGAUCAUUUAUAUAUUUAAGUUAAACAAGCUAGAUUAUUUAUGAGAUUAAAAAAUUGAAACUUAUAAAGUUAGAACAAAUUUAGAGCAUUAUCGAAGAUGCAGUCAAAAAUUUUAAAUUAAUUAUUGAUAUUAUCAUCCCAUAAUACUAAUUCAAGAUUUUAAAGAGUCCAACCACUCUAAUUUCUAAAAAUGAAAUUUCAAAUUAAAUGAGCUCCAGUUAUCAAGUACCAAAUGAGAAAGAAUAGAGAGAAUCCUAAUCUUCUCAAUUUAGUCAGAAAUAAGAGUUCGAUAAAGUGCAAUGUGAUGAAUAAUAAAAUGAUGAUUAGUCUGAAAGUUAGUAUGAAGAAACCAAUCAUUUUCUAAAUUAACAAGUCCAAGGUUAAGAAUAGUUUUAAAAGAAUAAUAAUUAGAAUAAUAAUGAGAAUAAUGAUAAGAAUAAUAAUUAGAAUAAUGAUAAGAAUAAUAAUUAGAAUAAUAAUGAGAAUAAUAAUGAGAAUAAUGAUAAGAAUAAUAAUUAGAAUAAUAAUGAGAAUAAUGAUAAGAAUAAUAAUUAGAAUAAUAAUGAGAAUAAUAAUAAGAAUAUUAAUUAGAAUAAUAAUAAGAAUAAUAAUUAGAAUAAUAAUGAGAAUAAUAAUUAGAAUAAUACUGAGAAUAAUAAUGAGAAUAAUAAUGAGAAUAAUAAUUAGAAUAAUAAUGAGAAUAAUAAUAAGAAUAAUAAUGAGAAUAAUGAUAAGAAUAAUAAUUAGAAUAAUAAUGAGAAUAAUAAUAAGAAUAUUAAUUAGAAUAAUAAUAAGAAUAAUAAUUAGAAUAAUAAUGAGAAUAAUAAUUAGAAUAAUAAUGAGAAUAAUAAUGAGAAUAAUAAUUAGAAUAAUACUGAGAAUAAUAAUGAGAAUAAUAAUGAGAAUAAUAAUUAGAAUAAUAAUGAGAAUAAUAAUAAGAAUAAUAAUUAGAAUAAUAAUGAGAAUAAUAAUAAGAAUAAUAAUUAGAAUAAUAAUAAGAAUAAUAAUUAGAAUAAUAAUGAGAAUAAUAAUUAGAAUAAUAAUGAGAAUAAUAAUGAGAAUAAUAAUUAGAAUAAUACUGAGAAUAAUAAUGAGAAUAAUAAUGAGAAUAAUAAUUAGAAUAAUAAUGAGAAUAAUAAUAAGAAUAAUAAUUAGAAUAAUAAUGAGAAUAAUAAUAAGAAUAAUAAUUAGAAUAAUAAUAAGAAUAAUAAUUAGAAUAAUAAUGAGAAUAAUAAUUAGAAUAAUAAUGAGAAUAAUAAUGAGAAUAAUAAUUAGAAUAAUACUGAGAAUAAUAAUGAGAAUAAUAAUGAGAAUAAUAAUUAGAAUAAUAAUGAGAAUAAUAAUAAGAAUAAUAAUUAGAAUAAUAAUGAGAAUAAUAAUAAGAAUAAUAAUUAGAAUAAUAAUAAGAAUAAUAAUUAGAAUAAUAAUGAGAAUAAUAAUUAGAAUAAUAAUGAGAAUAAUAAUGAGAAUAAUAAUUAGAAUAAUACUGAGAAUAAUAAUGAGAAUAAUAAUGAGAAUAAUAAUUAGAAUAAUAAUGAGAAUAAUAAUAAGAAUAAUAAUUAGAAUAAUAAUGAGAAUAAUAAUGAGAAUAAUAAUUAGAAUAAUAAUAAGAAUAAUAAUAAGAAUAAUAAACAGAAUAAUACAAAACUCCAAAUAGCUCAUCAAAAAUACGAAAUUCAUAAUUUAAGUUUGAUAGAUGAAGGCGGAUUUCAUAAAAUUUAUAAAACAUGUAUAAUUAUUCCUAAAAUAAACAAACCAUUAAACUUAGUUGUAAAGAAAGAUGGGGAUAAAAGUAAAUUAAAAAAGGAAAUCCAAUUUAUGAAGAAAUGUUUUGAAAAUAGUUAUUCAAAAUAUAUAGCCUAGAUUUAUUACAUACAGAACAAUUAUGAUGAAUAUUAAUUAAAGUUUUAUCAUUUCAAAAGUUUGAGAGAGUAUUAGCAAAAAUAUAGAAAUGUCAUGUCAUUAAAAAGAAAAAUUAAAAUAUUAAAAUAACUAGCUAAGGGCAUUUAGGACAUGCAUAAAAUAUAAAUUUUGCAUUUAGACAUAAAGCCGGAUAAUAUUUUAGUAAAUAUUCGUAUGAAAAUUUUAGAUAAGCAAAAAAGGUAGGGUUAAAAUUUGUGAUUUUGGAGAAGCUUAUCAUCCUCAAUAUCCAUUUUAAAGAGAGAGUGUUAAAUUCUCAGUGCCCUAUACUGCCCCAGAAAUUAUGCAAAACAAUGAUGUAACAGAUAAAGCAGAUGUGUUUUCUUUUGGUGUAGUGGCUUACGAAUUAUUAAUUGGAAAAUUGCCAAUAGUAUAAAAUUCAUAUAAUCAAACAGGCUUUUAUGUCUAAGAAAGAUUACAUAUAGCAAUUUAAAUCCUUGAAAUUUCAUUUAGAUGAGGAUUCAGCUAUAUUUUAGUACCAAAGGAGUCCAAGAUAAAUCUUAUUUAAUAUGCUAGUAAACAUUUUCAAAUGUAAUAUAUGUUAUAUUUUAGGCCUUAAUCCAUUAAAAACUGAUAGGCUAGAUAUCAGUUCAAUAUACCAAAUUUUCAAUAAUACCAAUAUUAAAUUUAAUAAAAUAAUCAAAAUAUAAAAUUGA